UGCCAAGGGAGACUGAACAUGAGGAUAACUGUCUCCUUUUAUUUCAGCUGUGUUGGGGUAGAAGAGGAAGAGGCACCAGACAUCGACAUUUACCACUGCCCGAACUGUGAGAAAACCCAUGGCAAGUCCACCCUCAAGAAAAAGCGGACCUGGCACAAGCAUGGCCCUGGGCAGACACCAGACAUGAAGCCAGUGCAGAAUGGCAGCCAGCUCUUCAUCAAGGAGCUGCGGAGCCGGACUUUCCCCAGUGCUGAAGACGUGGUAUCCCGUGUGCCAGGCAGCCAACUCACUGUGGGCUACAUGGAGGAGCAUGGCUUUACUGAGCCCAUCCUUGUCCCCAAGAAAGAUGGGCUAGGUCUGGCCGUCCCUGCCCCGACUUUCUACGUGAGUGACGUGGAGAACUAUGUGGGGCCAGAGAGGAGCGUGGAUGUGACAGACGUCACCAAGCAGAAGGACUGCAAGAUGAAGCUGAAGGAGUUUGUGGACUAUUACUACAGUACUAACCGCAAGCGUGUCCUCAACGUGACCAACCUUGAGUUCUCAGAUACCAGAAUGUCCAGCUUCGUGGAGCCACCCGACAUAGUGAAGAAACUAUCCUGGGUAGAAAAUUACUGGCCUGACGACGCAUUGCUGGCUAAGCCCAAAGUGACCAAGUACUGCCUGAUCUGUGUGAAGGACAGCUAUACUGACUUUCACAUUGACUCUGGGGGAGCCUCUGCCUGGUACCAUGUGCUCAAGGGGGAGAAGAUCUUCUAUCUUAUCCGACCCGCCUCGGCCAACAUUUCCCUGUAUGAGCGUUGGCGGUCGGCCUCCAACCACAGCGAGAUGUUCUUUGCUGACCAGGUGGACAAGUGCUACAAGUGCACUGUCAAGCAGGGUCAGACCCUUUUCAUCCCCUCAGGCUGGAUUUAUGCCACACUCACCCCUGUGGACUGCCUGGCCUUCUCAGGUCAUUUCCUCCACAGCCUCAGUGUGGAGAUGCAGAUGAGGGCAUAUGAGGUGGAAAGGAGAUUGAAACUUGGCAGUCUGACUCAGUUUCCCAACUUUGAAACUGCCUGCUGGUACAUGGGGAAGCACUUGCUGGAGGCAUUCAAAGGUUCUCACAAGUCUGGGAAGCAGCUGCCCCCUCAUUUAGUCCAGGGAGCUAAAAUUCUCAAUGGUGCUUUCAGGUCAUGGACGAAGAAGCAGGCUUUGGCAGAGCAUGAGGACGAACUCCCUGAGCACUUCAGGCCCUCGCAGCUCAUCAAGGACCUGGCCAGAGAGAUCAGACUUAGUGAGAAUGCCUCCAAAGCUGUCCGACCAGAAGUGAACACUGUAGCCUCCUCAGAUGAGGUCUGUGAUGGGGACCGGGAGAAGGAGGAACCACCAUCACCCAUUGAGGCUACCCCACCUCGAUCUCUCCUAGAGAAAGUGUCUAAAAAAAAGACUCCCAAGACUGUGAAGAUGCCCAAGCCAUCCAAAAUCCCCAAGUCCCCAAAACUCCCCAAGCCGCCCAAGCCCCCCAAAACCCUGAAGCUUAAGGAUGGGAGCAAAAAGAAAGGGAAGAAGUGCAGGGAGUCAGCUUCGCCCACCAUCCCCAACUUGGACCUGCUUGAAGCCCACACGAAGGAGGCGCUGACCAAGAUGGAGCCACCCAAGAAGGGAAAGGCCCCAAAGAGCGUCCUGAGUGUUCCCAAUAAGGACACAGUCCACACACAGAAUGAUGUGGAAAGGCUGGAAAUUCGGGAGCAAACUAAGAGCAAGUCAGAGGCCAAGUGGAAGUACAAGAACAGCAAACCUGACUCCUUACUGAAGAUGGAAGAGGAGCAGAGGUUGGAGAAGUCUCCCCUGACUGGAAAUAAGGACAAGUUCUCCUUUUCUUUCUCCAACAGAAAACUCCUGGGCUCCAAGGCUCUCAGGCCCCCUACCAGCCCUGGUGUAUUUGGGGCCUUGCAGAACUUCAAGGAGGACAAAGGCAAGCCAGUGCGGGACGAGUAUGAGUACGUAUCAGAUGACGGGGAACUCAAGAUCGAUGAGUUUCCCAUCAGGAGGAAGAAGAACGCCCCUAAAAGGGACUUGUCCUUCUUGUUAGACAGGAAGGAAGCUCUUGCGACACCUGUGGCCAAGCCAAAGCUGGACUCUGCAGCAUACAAGCAGAGCGAUGACUCCUCUGACGAGGGCUCUCUGCACAUCGACACAGACACCAAGCCAGGCCGCAAUGCCAAAGUCAAGAAGGAGAGUGGCAGCUCAGCGGCCGGCAUCCUGGACCUGCUCCAGGCCAGCGAGGAGGUUGGGGCACUUGAGUACAAUCCCAACAGCCAGCCUCCUGCCUCUCCCAGCACACAGGAAGCCAUUCAGGGAAUGCUGUCCAUGGCCAACCUACAGGCCUCUGACUCAUGCCUGCAGAACACAUGGGCCACUGGCCAAGCUAAGGGUGGUUCACUGGCAGCCCAUGGUGCCCGGAAGAAUGGUGGUGGCAGCAAGAGUACAGGAAAGCGCCUGCUGAAAAGGGCCGCCAAGAACAGCGUGGACCUGGAUGACUACGAGGAGGAUCAGGACCACCUAGAUGCUUGUUUCAAAGACUCAGACUAUGUUUAUCCCUCACUGGAGUCUGACGAAGAUAACCCUGUCUUCAAGUCCCGGUCCAAGAAGAGGAAAGGCUCAGACGAUGCUCCCUAUAGCCCCACAGCCAGGGUUGGCCCUUCGGUGCCGAGACAGGACAGGCCUGUGCGUGAGGGGACCAGAGUGGCCUCCAUCGAGACUGGGCUGGCAGCUGCUGCAGCCAAACUGUCCCAGCAGGAGGAGCAGAAAAACAGGAAGAAGAAAAACACCAAAAGGAAGCCGACUCCUAACACUGCCUCCCCCUCUGUCUCCACUUCCACCUCCACCUCCACCUCCACUUCCACCUCUGCCUCCACUUCUGCCUCCACCUCUGCCUCCGUCUCCACCUCCACGGGCACCACCUCGGACUCCACCACCCCCACUUCCACCACCCCAGCCUCCACCACCCCGGCCUCCACCACCCCGGCCUCCACCAGCACAGCCAGCAGCCAGGCCUCACAGGAGAGCAGCUCACCUGAGCCCCCGCCAGAAUCACACAGCAGCAGCCUGGCUGACCACGAGUAUACAGCGGCCGGCAUGUUUACAGGGGCCCAAGCUGGCCGCACCUCCCAGCCCAUGGCCCCUGGAGUCUUUCUCACACAGAGGAGGCCUUCUGCAUCAUCCCCCAACAACACCGCUGCCAAAGGAAAACGUACAAAAAAGGGCAUGGCCACCGCCAAGCAAAGGCUUGGGAAGAUUUUAAAGAUCCACCGGAACGGGAAACUGCUCCUUUAAGGCUUAGAAAGCCAGGAUCCUUCUGCUCUGCUCAGGACCCCUGGAGCCCCGCUGCAUCAGCCUCCCAGGAAGGUGGUAGCCACGCCGCCUAGGGAGGGCUUCACCUCCUCCCAGCCACCUCUCCCCCACAUGAGCAUCUGUCCCUUGAGCAGGUGGAGCGAGUGGAGAGUGGCCGUCCCUCGUUCUGAACAUGGACACCUUUUCUCAAGUUGCUUAGAGUGACCAGUUCCUGCAAAGUGGCCCUGCCAACUUGAGGACCAUUCAGCUUUCAGGACAGCCACAGGCACCCCACUGGAGCCUGGUGGCCUCCAUGGCUCUGCUUGGGAGCACAAGGCCUUCGAGGAAGGUGCAGUGAGCCACGCUCACCAGCCCAAGUCCGAGCUGGCCCCAGGCUGGCAGCCUCCAAAGGCUUAAAACAAGGCAAAGGACAUGAGAUCGAGGAGGAACUGUUGACAUGUUCCCACCCUCCUCUUCUUGAGCGAGUCUUACAGAGCACUUGGCCAGUGAGGAGAGGUUGCCCCAGCGCCCCAGCUGGCAGGUAGCAGGCUAGAUAGUGGAUGUCAUACCCCAAAUGCCCAAGGACAUUUGUCUGGGAUGGUGAGGACCCACAAUUAGGUUGGUGUGCUAGUGGGGUGGAGAAGCCACUGUGGGGUCCCAUGGGAAGGGCAAUGUCUCAGCCACGACUUAGGGUCCAGGGGACCCAGGCUAAGCCACGUGGAGGAGCCCUGCAGUGAGCGCACUUCUAGGCCAAGGCUUCCUGCCCUAAGUGAGCAGGCAGGUGGGCAGGGCCACAGGGCUAGAGCCAGCACAGUGGCGCUUGUGAGAGCCCCUGUGUGGCAUCAUGAGUGUGGGCCAUCCCAGGUGGCGUGUCCACCCAUUGACACGGAGGAGCUGGGUUUGUUUCUCAGGCAAUCCUGUAUUUUCAUUUUAGAUGUAUUUCUGGAAGCAUAUUUUUCAUAGACUGUAGCGUGUAAAUAGCUUUUUAAAUGACUUCUUUUUUAUAAGAGUAAAAGUAUCUUUAGGAAUUUCUUUCUAUAGAGUCCUUCAUUAACCUUUAUACAAGUUUUUUGCCGACUCUGAUGGACGGUCGGGUUUCAAUGCUUUUCCCCUUUUCUUUCCUUUCCUUUUGUUGUUAUUUUUAUUUUUCCUUAGGAACUAAGGUAUUGCCUGAAAAACAAUGGCGCCUGCGCAGCCUUACACUCUGUCUUUACAGAAGCGGAUAGUACACAGAGAUCCCCUUCCCACGCCCUGAAGCUGCGUCUUCAGUCUAUACCAGCUCUUCGCUCUCCUUCUUGUAUGACGAGGGGGUUGGGGAUACAGUUAUUUUACUAGCACCUUGUGAAGUGUUUGUGUUUUGUGAUGCUGUAAUUUAUUAAUGUUUGUAGCUUUUUAUAUUUGUACAUUUCUUAUGAGCUUUGUUUAUACACCCAUUACCUGGAUGUUUUGUCCAUGAGGGAAUGCAGCUUGGCGGAGGCCUUAUCCACUCCCCUUGUCCUGUUUGGAGGGACACCAUCCCCAGGGCCCGGGGCUGGAAGGGGGGCAUCUCGCGGGCCCCAGGCUUACUCAGAACUGGUGUUUUUAAAGUUUCCUUGACCCUGUCCUUGUGAACAUUUCUAUAAUCUUAACCCAGGCAUCAAGCUGUUCUCUCUCUUUUUAAUUUUAUUAUUAUUUUGGCGACAUGUACAUUUCUAACAAAGUUUAUCGUGGCUAUUAAAGUGUUCUAUUUCCCAGUUCAUAUUACUCUUGUAUUGAGUCCAUGAGGUCUAAGGCAUCUUAGACCAAAGUUUUAAAAAAGUAAAAAUAUUUCAGGUUUUGUACAGAA